UUGUAUGACCAGAAAGAAAUAAAAAAUUGCCAGGAAAAGAGGAACAUGGAUGGACGGAAAGCAGUGCUUUCAAUUACACUAUGGCUAAUCUUUGUUCAGCUGUCUGCUACUUUCAGAAACUUAAAAUUAGCUGCAGCAAAUAAUGAUAAGCUCGCUGAAAGAAGAAAGCUUGCCGCCGAUAACUCGGGUUUCAUAAGCAUUGACUGUGGGGUGGAUCAAGAUUAUUUCGACGGAGAAACUGGAAUAUUUUAUAAGUCUGACAAAGAUUUUAUAAGCACCGGAGAGAACGACUACAUAUCCCCUGAAUAUGAUGAUAAGGAUCCUUAUUUUGGGCGUCUAGUUCAGAGUAUAAGGUUCUUUCCGAAAGGAAGAAAGAAUUGCUACACAUUGAGACCUGAGCAAGGCAAAAAUCAAAAUUACCUUAUCAGAGCAUUCUUCAAAUAUGGAAAUUACGAUGCCAAGAAUCAAAUUCCAAAGUUUGAUGUGUAUCUCGGAGUUAAUUUUUGGAUGACAGUGCCACUUUUAAAUGCAUCAGCUUGGGUGGCCCAAGAGAUUAUCUAUUUUUCUUUAACGGAUGAUAUUAACUUGUGUCUCGUAAAUACUUUUUCUGGAACACCUUUCAUUUCAGCAUUGGAAUUGAGGCAUCUGAACCAUUCCAUUUAUAGAAUCGAGUCCAGAUCCCUAACUGUAAUGGGACGAUUUGACCUUGGCAACUCAACCAACAGGACGGUCAGGUACAAGGAUGAUGUGUAUGAUCGCUUAUGGUCAACAUUUACCCCUGAUGAUUGUAUUUCAUUGAACACUACCUCAAAUAUUGAUGUCGAGAGCAGAGACAAUAUCCUUAAAACACCAGUUGAAGUUUUAAGAACUGCAGCCCAACCACCAAGUCCCCUCAGAUCAUUUAAUCACACCUUCCCCCCUGCUUAUGGUGACAAUGAAUACUAUGCCUGCUUUCACUUCGCCGAAAUAUUACAUAUUUCACAAGGCAAACCAAGAAGGGAAUUCACCAUCAAUUUCAACGGUGCCAACUAUGGACCUAUUACCCUCCAAUACUUGAAGCCCCUCAUCUUUUGUUCUGGACCUCGUAAAUCAAGAAUUAAUGGAUAUGUUCAGUUUUCUAUCAAUUCAACUGUACGGUCUGACCUUCCACCUAUCCUCAACGCCUUAGAGAUUUUCUAUGUAAUGCCGCCCCCCGUUUCACCCACAGACUCAGCAGAUGUUGAUGCAAUAAUGGCCAUCAAACAAACGUACAAGAUUAAUAAAGAUGAUAACUGGCAAGGAGACCCAUGUCUGCCGAGUGAUAUUACUUGGACCGGCUUGAACUGCAGCUAUGACGGCAAUUUUCCUAGGAUCAUCUCUCUGAACCUCAGUGCAAGUAAAUUGACAGGAAAGAUUUCUUCCUCAUUCUCCAAUUUCAAAGCGAUACAGUCCUUAGAUUUAUCAGGCAAUGAACUGACAGGAACCAUUCCAGAAUUUUUAGCGCAACUGACAAAUUUAACUAUUCUAAAUUUAUCCGGAAACAAGCUUACAGGUUCAGUUCCUCAGUCUAUUGUCCAAAAAUCUAACAAUGGACUAUUGCAGCUGAGUUUGGAUGGAAAUCCACAUCUUUGCCGGACAGAUUCCUGUGAGAAAAAGAAGCAAAAUUUUCUUCUUCCAGUUGUUGCAUCCGUUGCAACAGUUGUGGCGCUUCUCUUCCUCAGCAGUAUAUUUGUCUUUUGGAGAAUGAAAAGACAAAAAGCAACGUCACAAUCUAAGAAGGAAGGAUCGGUAAUUUCGAAGAAUUGGUCCUUUAGUUAUUCAGAGAUUGUUAGUAUUACUAAUAACUUUGAAACCAUCAUUGGAGAAGGAGGGUUCGGAAAAGUUUACUUUGGGACUCUGAAAGAUAACACUCAAGUUGCAGUCAAAUUGCUUUCUCAAUAUUCAAGGCAAGGCUAUAAGGAAUUUCAAGCUGAGGCACAACUCUUGAUGAUUGUUCAUCAUAGGAACUUGGUUUCUCUAAUUGGCUACUGUGAUGACCGUCAUAAUAAGGCAUUGAUUUAUGAGUACAUGGUUAAUGGAAAUUUGCGAGAGCAUUUAUCAGAGACAAGUGGAAAUACUUUGAAUUGGGAUGAGAGAAUACAUAUUGCAGCAGAUGCAGCACAGGGAUUGGAGUAUCUACAUAAUGGUUGCAAGCCACCUAUAAUCCACAGGGAUUUAAAAACUUCCAACAUCUUAUUAAAUGAAAAAUUGCAAGCAAAGAUAGCUGAUUUUGGGCUGUCAAGAGCUUUCACAAAUGAUAGCGGUUCACAUAUAACAACUCGUCCUGCAGGCACAUUCGGCUACAUGGAUCCUGAGGCUCAAGCAUCAGGAAGCUUUAAUAAGAAAAGUGAUGUAUACAGUUUUGGAAUCAUUCUACUUGAGCUGAUAACUGGUCAGUCUGCCCUAAAAAGAGACGUCAAUGGAGAAAUCAUUCGAAUACAACAGUGGGUUGCACCAAUAAUUGAAAAUGGUGAUAUUGGAAGAAUUGUUGAUCCCAGACUACAAGGAGACUUUGAGAUCAAUUCUGCCUGGAAAGCUGUGGAGAUAGCCUUGUCGUGUGUGCUAAAUACUGCAAUUCGAAGGCCAAGUAUGAGUGAUGUAUUGAUUGAAAUAAAAGAAUGUUUGGCUAUAGUAACACCUUAUGUUGGAUCACAAAGGAUGGAUAGAGGAAGGAUAAGAUCAAUCAACUCACUUGAAAUGAGGUCUUUGGAAAUCGACAGUGAAAUUGCUCCGAGUCCUAGGUAGUCUGACUCUGCUGGUCCAUCAAUAUUUUCUUCUUCUUUUUAGUUUUUAGAGAUGGACUACCUGGUAAUAUUUUCAAUUUGAAAUGAUGUUGCUACUUACUUUU